UUUUUUUUUUCAAACCAAGAAAAGAAAAAUCAAAACCCAUUUCUCUCUCCCCUGUACUGUAUCCAAAGAGAGAAAAUCUCUGUGUAACCGUCCUCUGUCUCUUUCUCUCUUAUGGCCUUUGUUCUUCUGUCGUCCAUCAUCAUCAUCAUCAUGUUCGUCCUCAAAGCUUCAUUGUUCCCUCCAACAAUGGCGGCUCCUCGAACAGACCUCCUCGCAAAAAUAUGCGGAGAUGUGCGCGCACAAGACGAAACCAAAUACAUGAGAAGCUACGCUAAGAUUUUGCUAACAAUGCAGAGAGAAACGCUCGUAAACAAGUUCGCGACAGGUGAAGACGGUGAAACACCAAAUAGGAUUUUCGUGUUAGGGCAGUGUAUGGAUGAUCUCUCUCUCGACGAUUGCGAUAAAUGUUUCUCGAAGAUCAGUUCUCGAUUGAUCGGUUGCUUCCCUUUCACCGCCGGUCGUGUUUUUCUCGAUGGUUGCUUCAUGAGGUUCGACAAUUAUAGCUUCUAUGAAGAAAUCGCUUCAGAAAUCUAUGAUGUGCAGAGAUGCAGCGACACUGAUGCUGCUGCUAACUCAAAGGAAUAUGCAUUUUCGGCAAUGGUAUUGAUAGAUAAUUUGGUAGAAAAGGCACCUAUGAACAAAGGCUUUGCAGACGAGGAGACAAAAACGAAUGGCAUAUCAGUCUAUGGUAUGGCUAGUUGUUGGAAGAGUUUGGACAGUGAACAGUGCAAUAAAUGCCUGAUAAAUGCAAGCGAUAGCGCCUCGUUAUGCCUGCCAUCAGAGGAGGGGCGUGCACUCAACACCGGCUGCUUUCUACGUUACUCUAGUUAUGCAUUUUCAAAUAAGCCUACUGCACUGAUAACUCGAGAUGCUAUUCUUCUAUACAUGGUAUAUACUCUUGGAGCAGUUGGGACCUGCUUAAUGGCAGUUUUUAUAGGGUUUUUUGUGGGUAAAAUCAUUUUCAAGAAACGAUUAAAUCGCCAGUUUGAAGAACAGGGAUUGGAGAUAGAUUCAUUAGCAACGAUGUGCCUGCGGUUCAAAUACUCAACACUACAGAAAGCAACAGAGGACUUCAAAGAAUCCCACAAGAUUGGUCAAGGAGGAUAUGGUGAAGUAUUCAAGGGAGCAUUGGCGGAUGGUAGAGAAAUUGCUAUAAAGAGGCUAUUCGUAGGCGGCAAGUGUCAAAUUCAGGCGGUUUGCAAUGAAAUCGACAUCAUUUGUCAAGCCCAACACAAGAAUUUGGUUCGCUUACUUGGUUGUUGCUUCACUAAUGACAGCCUCCUUGUGUAUGAGUUCCUUGCAAAUGGAAGCCUUGAUCGCAUCUUAUUUGACCCAGAGAAGAAGAAAGAAUUAGACUGGAAAAAGAGGCUUGGGAUAAUCAUAGGGACAGCCAAAGGUUUAGAGUACCUUCACAAAGAUUGUCAAGUUCGGGUUGUUCAUAGAGACAUCAAAGCGAGUAACAUCUUAUUAGACUGGAAAUAUAGACCAAAAAUUGCAGAUUUUGGUCUAGCAAGGUUCUAUUCAAGUGAAAGAAUAGUUGCCAACACUGCCAUUGUGGGCACAUUAGGUUACAUGGCUCCUGAAUACCUUGCACAAGGACGAUUAACGGAAAAAGUUGAUGUUUAUAGCUAUGGAGUUCUUGUACUCGAAGUAGUCAGUGGUGUGCAGAAUAACAAAUUUCAUUCCGAAGAUACUCUCAGCACACUAGUUACCACGACAUGGAGGCACUUCCAGGAAAAUACAGUAGCAGAGAUCAUAGACAAAAGCAUGGAGAUUGAAGAUGUUGAAGAAGUACAAAGAAUUGUACAGAUUGGUUUGUUGUGUACACAAGAGUCACCAGCUUUAAGGCCUACAAUGACAAAUGUAGUUGAAAUGCUUAAAGAGAAGAAUGUAGAAUUGCCAACUCCAUCAAAGCCUCCUUUCACGGAUGACUUUUCAUCAAUCUCAUCUGCUUCUUUUGGCUCUUCUAGGCAACAACACCGACAUUUGCUUUCAGUUGAUUCUUGUAAUAAAUAUUUAGAGUUUGAUCAUAAUGACAGAUGAUUUAUAUAUCCUUAUAUAUCCAUGAUUUCUCCCU